AUGAAUAAAGUGCAAAAUUACCAGCAAUUGGCUCGCCAUUUUGAGGGUAUAUCCCGCAUUGUGAGUGAUUGGGACGACACAAUUACAGCCAAGGACACCAUUGCGGUUAUAUUUGAUGUCCUUGGGAAAAAUGCCGAGUUUGGAUUUGACUAUUUCUUUAAACUAUACAUGGACAGCUUUAACAGGUUUCAGAACGAAGUGUUGCCGGGAAAAUCAUAUAGUUUGCGCGACUGUCUUGAGAGGGAAAUAAUGUAUCAGAAAGCUAUCAAAGAAAGCGAAAAAAGCUCCAUCAAUGAAGCGGUUCGCCUAGCUGUUUUUCGAGGCAUAGGAAAGUCAACUUUUGAGAACUUGGUCAAUAAAAUACCCAUAAGAACCGGAUUUGAGAAUUUUUACAGCCACCUGUGCAACACUAACAUACAUUUCAGUGUUUUAAGCAUCAAUUGGACUGGAUUGAUGAUCGCCAAGUAUUUUGCAUCAUUCAAAAAACAGCCGGAUCAGAUACUAGUUAACGAGUUUGAAUUUGAUUCCAACGAUAUAUGCACAGGAAAUGUCGUGACAGACAUAGAUAUUCGCACAGGCUACGAUAAAUUGGUACUCACCAAAGAACUUGUUGGGAAUGAUAGAGCCAUAUACGUGGGCGACUCCUCCACAGACGUCCUGAGCAUGAUUUACUGUGAUAAAGCUAUCAUUAUCAAGGGUGGCUCGGCCAGUAAGGCGCUUUGUCGGCUUGGCUACAAGGUGUACAGUAUCAACGACGAGAUCAGCGAGAGAGAGGCCAAGUUUGUCAAAUAUCUUGAAAUCGACGAUUGGAACGAUCUGCUACAAAUUUUGAAAAAUUAA